AUGAUUUCUUCCGACUCUCACGAAACGCGAGUCUACAAUCAUUGCGAUGUUUUACCUUCCGCGCUUGAUCUCUGUCCCAGAAAAGCCUUUCCUGAUUCUCACAAAGUUCGACCCAAUAACCAUCUCGAUGCUUUACCCAACGAAGUCCUAGAAAUGAUUGUAUAUGAAGCGAUUGAGAAUCCAUUCGAUAUUUACGCCAUCUUAGCCAGUGUUCGGACAAUUUCACGCAUUGCUCGAACUUGUAAACGGCUAUAUUCCGUUGCCAACCCAAUUCUCUACAAGUGGAAUAUUCGUCAUGGCGGCUGUUCCGGCCUGUUCUGGGCUGCCAGGAAGAAUAGGGUCGACGUAUUCAAGCGAUUCGUGGAGAGUGGAGCAUCAGUUAAUAUGGUAGUUACUGAUCGGACUCCUCUAAUGACCGCGAUAACGUUUUGCAGCGUCGAUAUUGUGCGUUAUCUGCUGACCAUCCCGGACGUCGACUGGAACCGAAGAAGCAUACACCAUGGCAUGUCAGCACUGCAUGCGGCUAUGGCGUGCCCGACGGAAAUCACAGGGUUGUUGUUGAAAUGCAAGGACGUGUUGAUAGAUGAGAAAACCGAGUGGGAGAGACAUACUGCGCUCCACUAUGCCUCAGAGAAGAAUAUGGCUUCGGAAGCAAAGAUUGUACUCGAUAGAGGUGCUGAUCCGGAUGCGAGAAAUCACCGGGGCUGGUCUCCGCUCAAUUUUGCGGCAGCUCGGGGAAACACAGAGAUGGUUCGCCUGCUCCUCGACACCGGCAGAGUCGACGUUAACGUUAAUCCCGAAGAUGGUCAGCCACCUCUAGCCGCCGCUGCCGUUAAGGGGUACAAAGACAUAUUCGAUUUGCUCAUUUCGCACCCCGAUAUUGACAUUGAGAUUGCUUUAAGCUGUGACUAUACGAAGAAACAUAUAAACGAGAUAUCUCCUGAACUGUUUAACCGUCUGAUUAUGGAAGUGCCAGGGGCAGUUGAAGGCGACGGGCCAUGA